ACUUUCUCAUUUUCUCACUCAGCAUUCAAAAUGACACAGUCCCUACUCUUCCUCUACCUGUCCGCUCUUGGUUUCUUGCUACCAGUCCUGGCGCAGGGGACAUGCGUUAUCAAUGAUUUUGAAGUGCAGACCAACUUUGUCCCAGAACAGUUUAGCGGGUUGUGGCACCUGGCGGGGUACAACCGAAUGAUGCGACCCGUUACUCGCCUACCCCCAAGGAUUGCGAAAAUCACCACGCGAUACGUCAAAUCUCUGUAUGCACUGGGAGAAGAUGGAAGGGGGACAAUCAGAAGCACUGGACAGGUGACGGUGACUUUGAGAGAUGGCCACAACUUCACUCGGUGUGAGGACGUCGAUUUUUCUACCCAUAUGGAACAAGGAUCACGGCCUGUAAUGGACCUCAUUCAGACCACGGGACGACGACAGGGGGCCCUGACCAGGUCUCACAUUGUAGAGACGGACUAUGCCAAUUACGCUGUCAGGUACACAUGCGAGCACGAGCUGCCAAACGGCGCGUGCGCACCGAAUAAGGACCAUCUUUGGAUUCUUCGCAAAGACAGUGCACAGUUUUCUCUCACAGACUCUCAAAUUCGAGGCUUUAUGGAGAGACUGUGCAUCUCUGGUGCCUACAUCGAGUCACCAAUGGGACCCCAAUGUCCUUUUGAAGAUAAUCAAAAAUAAACAUUGUUAUCCCCGAG